AUGUCCAACACAUUGAAGAAGCCUCCGGUUCUCCAGCCCGGGGAAGGACUCCUAGUCACUGGUGCCAACGGCUACGUUGCUUCACAUAUCAUUGACCUUCUUCUGUCCCUAGGGUACCACGUACGAGGCACGGUUCGUGCAGAAAAACCCUGGCUAGAUGAGUACUUUACAACAAAGUAUGGCACGGGCAUGUUUGAGAGCGUUGUCAUUCCUGAUCUGGCUCAGAAAGAGUCCUUGAUCAAUGUGUUAGGUGGGAUCAGUGGAGUUCUUCACGUGGCUACGGACAUGUCUCAUAGCGCAGACGCCGAAAGUGUUAUCAAUAAUGUUCUCAGGAUGACUCAAUCUGUCCUAGAAGCAGCCGCUGAGGUGAAGUCUGUCAAAAGGGUCAUUCUAACUUCAUCUGCUACUGCUGUUCCUCUUGCGAAACCUGGAGUGGAGGGCGUGAUCAUUGACGAGAAUUCAUGGAAUGACAAAGCUGUCCAGCUCGCUUGGAAUGGCUCUGACUCUUCCGACCCCUCUAAUUUUGUCACCGUCUACAGCGCCUCCAAAACAGAGGGUGAACGGUUUGCCUUUACAUGGGUAAAGGAACACAACCCUCAUUUCGUUUUCAACAGCAUUCUUCCAAACUUUGUCUUGGGACCUCUCCUUUCUCCUGACUUCAACGGCUCAUCCGGGAAAGUCGUGCUUGAUCUACUUCAUGGCAAUAGCUGGAUCAUUCCGAUUAUUCCACCAGGUCUCAAUUGCCCCGUUCCCCAGAGCCUCGGGCCGCAUACCAUGAACAAUAAUUGUACUGACAAUUUCUAG